AGACGACGCCCCCCAGGUGAGCUAGCCGCACAAGUUCAGAGAGCUCCUCUCACCCAGCUGUCAUGCACGAUGUAUUUAUGGAAUGGAGGCAGGAUAUGCGUGUCAUCCAGGACUGAGUGAAGAACCAGACUUGACGAACCUAAACAAAGCGACAGUAAGCGCUUGUAUUCGUGUUUGUGGUCACUGAGAGCGGGAGAACAGAAGCAGGAGAAGCGGAGCUCCGUGAUGAUGGCGUCUCUCGGUCACCCCGGCAGCGCCUCCGGCCCCAUGCUCGUCCUGGCCGCCAAAACCAAGACCAAAAAGAAACAUUUCGUCCAGCAGAAGCUGAAAGUGUUCCGGGCCAGUGAUCCGGUACUCAGCGUGUUUAUAUGGGGCGUCAAUCAUUCGAUAAACGAUCUAAACCAAGUUCCAGUUCCGGUUAUGCUUCUUCCUGACGACUUCAAAGCCAACACCAAAAUCAAAGUCAACAACCAUCUUUUUAACAAAGAGAACCUUCCUGGGCAUUUUAAAUUUAAGGAGUACUGUCCACAAGUGUUCAGGAAUCUCAGAGAACGCUUUGGCAUAGAGGAUCAGGAUUACCAGGUGUCUUUGACCCGCAGUCCACCCAUGAAGGAAGAGGGGCAGGGCGAGGGUCUCCUCUUAAUCUCGUAUGACCGCACAUUAGUGGUGAAGCAAAUCUCCAGUGAGGACGUGGCAGACAUGCAUAACAUCCUGUCUGAAUAUCACCAGCACAUAGUGAAGUGUCAUGGCAGCACACUUCUCCCACAGUUUCUGGGCAUGUACCGGGUGAGUGUAGAGAGCGAGGACACCUACCUGAUCGUCAUGAGGAACAUGUUCAGUCACCGACUCGUCGUGCACAGAAAAUAUGAUCUUAAGGGUUCCUUGGUAGCACGAGAGGCCAGUGAUAAGGAGAAGGUUAAAGAUUUACCCACUUUUAAGGAUGUGGAUUUUAGAAACAACAUGCAGAAGGUCUAUGUGACAGAAGAGCAGAAAGAAAAGAUUAUGGAAAAGCUUAACAGAGAUGUGGAGUUUCUGGUAAAGCUGAAGAUAAUGGACUACAGCCUGCUGCUCGGGAUUCACGAUGUGGCCCGGGCUGAGCGCGAGGAAGAAGAGGGAGAGGAGCCCAGCUGUGAGGACGAAGGGGAGGCGGAGAACGGCGUCACUCCCACCGCACACACCGGCUCCUACGGCACGUCCCCCGAGGGCAUCGCAGGCUACAUGAACUCUUUUAAACCCAUGGGUCCCGGAGAGUUCGACCCCUACUUGGAUGUUUACGCCGUCAAAAGUGCCCCAGGAGCGCCGCAGAGGGAGGUGUACUUCAUGGGCCUUAUAGAUGUGUUGACACAGUACGAUACCAAGAAGAAAGCUGCACACGCUGCCAAAACUGUGAAGCACGGGGCUGGUGCAGAAAUCUCCACCGUUCAUCCUGAACAGUAUGCCAAACGAUUCCGUGAUUUCAUCUCCAACAUAUUUGCAUAGCCGAGCGCCACGUGACCAAUCUGUAAAGGAUUCAACAAAAACCAACUCCAAUUUAUCAUGUUCUAUUAUGAUUUUGUAUAUAUUUUACAAAAACUGCCAUGAUUCCAUUUUCUAAGAAGUAGAUACUAAGAUACUUUAACAUUUUGAUCAAUGUUAAGUAAAUCACAUGCAUAUUUAUUUGUGUAUACACUACGACAAGACUGAAAACCAUUCCUCAAUAUCAGUGGUCACUACUGUAAUCUGCUUUUUAAAAAAGAAGCUUACUCUCACACUGCAGUUUAAAAUAGCCCAGUUCCACUUUUUUACCAUAUCUGACACUCAUUAGUCCUUCUUUACUAAUAUUAACAUCAUAAACCAUCUUUUGUUAGAAUUAAAACGUUUUAUUUCCGUUGUAUUCACUUUUAUAUGUGAAACUGAAAUCUGCUGCAUAUCUGAUGAAUGGAACGUCUUAGUCUGAAUAGCUGUAUCAGAAUUCAUGCCACUUUUACAUUAUGUUUCAGUUUUAUCAACAUCAGUUUAUCCUGGUCAGGGUUGAGGCAGGUCCGGUUCUACCGGGUAACACUGUGCAUUAUGCAGGAAUACCUGGGACAGGGUGCUAAACCAUCGCAGGGCUUUAGACCCUGAUCUCAGCAGUAGUGGGCUAGUGUAGACUGCUGCGCCACCCGAGUACCACAUAGGAAGCAGGGUGGUCAAAUUGUUAAAUUACACACAUCUCUGGAUUGUAAAGUGUUCAAAAGUAUUUAAAUUCAUUUAUAAAUCAGUUCACAUUUU